UGAUCAGGAUGUGAGGAGUCCUUUACAAUACUUUGGGCCCUGGUACAUAGUCUUUUCUUGUAGGUCUCCUGCAGGGUAGGGAGAUGUGCUCUGAUGGUGCGUUCGGCAGAUCGCACCACUCUCUGUAGGGCACUGCAGUCACGGGCUGUACAGUUCCCAUACCAAGUGAUGAUGCUACUUGUCAGGACACUCUCCACAGCUGAGGAGUAAAAGGCCUUCAAGAUGGGUUUUGAUACUUUGAACUUCCUCAGCUGACGUAGGAAGUACAGUCUUUGCCUUGAUUCCCUCAGUGUGCUGGGUGUUAACAGUCCAUGUUAGAUCAUCAGUGAAGUGUACUCCCAGCUGGCUGGUGAGGCUGCAGCAUAAAAAUGAUGACUGAUACACACAAGUUGAACAAGUGUGUGUGAACAAGAAGGACGGGAGCAAACAAACAAAAGAUCGGGAGGGAGAUACGGUGACAUGGCACUUUGGCCUCCUGCAUUUCACAGCGGAGGAGAGAGAUGCAAACACCAAUUAUAGCACGCCUCUGCCUCUUAUCUGUGCUAAGCUUUUCAUCAGGUAAUGCCAAAAACAUGUAUGACGCAGUACUCCAUAAGCAUGUCACUUUGAUCUGGAACGUAUCAACCGAGUUGGACGUCAAAAAUGAUGUUGUGAUCAUCCGGAGAAGUGAAGAUGUGGACAUUAUUCAUUUAGUCAAAGGAACACCAAAAGUAUUCCCAGCCUUCAACGGAAGAGUGCAGGUACUAACAGACGGUUUCCCUCGCGGGGUUGUUGCUCUGAAGAUGGACAACAUCAGCAUCCAGGACUCGGGAAAAUACAGAUGUUUAGUACACAAGCCUCUCAAUAAACGUCCGGAGCUGUAUCAUUUAAAAGUUAGAGCCCCCUGGGGCCCAGUGCGUAAGAGCAACGUGUCCAUGGGCGGCGGGGUGUACAGCCUGGUCUGUGAGACUGAAGGAUAUCCACUAGCUCAUGUCAUCUGGACAGAUGGACUAGGGCAGAACCUCACCGACCGGGCCAAGCUCACAACCAGCAUUAACUCAGACACGCGGUUUCACAUCAGCAGCCGCUUGAAUGUCAGCAUCUCCACCAGCGGCAACUACUCCUGCACAGUCACGGAAGACAGAGGAGUUUCUCAGCACAAAACUUUUGUAUUUCCAGACAAGGCCAAGUCAAGACAUCACUACUUCGUGCUGAGCCUGCUCAUACUAUGUGGACUGACGGUGGUUGUUUUAAUUGUGAAAUAUCAGCGCUCAUCUCCACAGCAGCUGCAAGCUCCAAGCCGCGGGGAAGUGUAUGGGAGCGGCACUAACGCCACCGUGCGUGAUCCUGUUGAUUUGGAUUUGAAUGUGGUUCACAGCGCCCAGAAGUAGCAGUUAUAUAGCUUUAAAGGUCAGAGUUUCCAGAAGUUUGUUUUCCCUCUGGCUUGGAUCAUGACUGACAGCUCACUGGCUUGUAAAUUCACACAGGGUCAGGGGUCAGCAAUUAUUUUCCCCAUAAGGUCAUAGAUCAAGCUGCAGGCCACACAUGUUGAAUGUUACACUAUUUACAAGUCAAUACCACAAAAGUGCUUGAAUGGGCUUUGCACUGCACAUUGGUACCGGAAGCACACACAGAUACAUAAACACACACACACUACAAUUCCUUAAACAGCACCAGUCUGGUUGCUUAUCUGAUGUCAGUCCAGAGUGUAUGUGUGUGUGUGUGUGCGUGUGCAUUGCUGUUACUAAACCACACCAUGGGCCCUAUCAUGACAGUCUAAAGUGCAUGGUCAAAAAUGUAUUCAAAUUCCGUAGGAUGUCCAGUGGGUGUGUUUUAGGGCGUAACAUCAUUUAAACCAAUGAAUAUGACCAAAUAUGACCAAAACCAAUCUGUCAUUCCCUUUAACAGUGCAAAGCGCCAGAAGUAGCGGUCAUAUAGCUUUAAAGGUCAGAGUUUUUUUCCUUCUGGAUUUUUUUCCCCAGAAGUGUUUUUUUCCUCUGGCUUGGAUCAUGACUGACGGCUCACUGGCUUAUAUCUCGUGACAGUGCGUCUUCAGCUGUGCUCCAUACACCUCAUUGGGAGAUGUAUUUCAUA